ACACGACAGGAUGCUGGCAUCCGGGUUCAGCAAUGCACCACUAUCCAAGUACCUAGUCAUGGUGGUAGUGGCGGCGUCGCUCAUGGCCAGCAUCACCGACACCAAGCACCUAUUCUUCAUCAUGGUCAGGCCACACAUUUCCGACUACAGACAGCUAUGGCGAUGCAUGACCUGGCCGCUGGUCUACACCAACUCGACAGAGGUCUUGUUUUCAGCCAUGACCCUGUACCAACUGCGCGUCAUUGAGCGUCUUUGGGGCUCGCGCAAGUUUGCAGUGAGUCCACCACUCGACAGCCAUUGCGACCANUCGUUCCUGUUGUCGACAUUGCCUUAUACCGUUCUGCUUCCACCUCUCCUCCUCGUACUCGUCAUCCGACCGCUCUCCUUCUUCAACAUCAACUACCUUCCCGCCGGCCCCACGGCCAUCGUCUUUGCCCUCCUCGCGCAAUACCACGCCGCCAUCCCUUACAUGUACAAAUACCAACUCUCGGCCACCGACUCUCCACACUCUACCUCCUCCUCCACCAUCAACCUGACUUCCAAAUCGACAUCUUACCUGCUUCCCCUACAACUCGCGCUGUCUCAAUUACCUGGUUCUGCUAUUGUUGCAGCAGUGGGUUGGCUAGUGGGGUAUGCAUACAGAAGAGAGAUACUUCCUGGUGCGGCGACGUGGAGAAUUCCGGAUAUGGGUGCUGGGAAGAGAGAAAGAGAGAGGUUUGAGGGCUUGAGGAGACGCAUGGAGGGAGAAGCUGCUACGGCCAGUGGAUCGUCAAGGGUCGAAGAGACUGAGGGCGGCAGAAGGAGGACUAUUGGUGGACAACUCUUGGAUCAAUUUAGAGGUUCU